AUGGAUGAAUCGUAUUUGAACGUGAGAGAGGGUUAUGUGGACGACUGUAGUAUUACGGGUAUGCAAUAUCAUAGUUUUCUAUCGUAUUCAUCCACCGCGAUGUCUUGCAACGACGAGAUUAAAAUAUCUAUUCAAAAUAUGGAUGCAUACACUCUACCGUGCGAAAGCUAUAUUUUUAUCGAGGGAAAAGUAAUUAAACCUUCAACCCCCGGUCUUCUAAGAUCGGUUAAUUUUUCAAAUAAUGGUUUGGCGUUUCUGUUUUCUGAAAUACGAUAUGAGGUAAAUGGUACUGAAAUACAAAAAUUAAAAACCCCCGGCAUAGCCUCUUGUCUAAAAAGUUACUGUUCGUAUUCACACCGUGAUUUAUACGAACUACAAAACGCGUCAUGGGAUAUCGAUAUGGACGUCAAUCAUAACAAAGAAUUUAUGCCUGGCGAUAAAUUUUCCGCCUGUUUACCAUUAAAAUGUUUGUUUGGUUUCUGUGAAGACUAUAAAAAAAUAUUACUUAAUUGUAACCAACAAUUGAUUUUAAAUCGCGCGUCUACAGAUCACGACGCGCUUCGUGUUACGGGCGGAGGUACUAAUACUAAUACUAAUUUAAAAAAAUUAAGUGUCGAGUUAAGUUAA